AUUGUUCCGCAGCGGCUUUCCGCCUUCCUUUGUGCUUUUCGUGCAGCCAAUCGCUUAAGGAGGGCCCGCCCCCACUACCACGCGAUAGGCCAGGAGUGUGCUGCAAGCCCCGCCCUUCUGAGCUACUGGAGGGAGAUUUAAAUCCCGGGAAGAUUCUGCUCUGCACCUGACAGACACGCUGCUGUUCCAUUUGAGUCAUGCACCUUGGGAGUGCUGUGGGUGAUGGGUGGGCUCCCGUGAGCGACAGUUCUCUGUACUAUGGGUCAUUAGUUUUCAAUCAUGGGGCACUUGCUGCUGGGAUGUCACCUGUGUUUCAAAGAAACAGGCCUUCAUCCCAGGUCUUUCCUGUUGAAAUGGUGAGUGUGUGUGUAGGCACCAGCCCAGAAAGGACAACAGAAUCCAGGUCUGGCGUGGAGACAGAUGUGGCUGUCUUGCAAAGGAGGCAGAAGCAGAUAGACUAUGGGAAAAACACCAUUGGUUACCAGUGCUUUGUCCAGCAGGUGCCCAAAGCUGCUCGGCAGCUAGGUGUUCACCCAAGAACUCCAAAUAAAUAUAAGAAGUAUAGUCGCCGCUCCUGGGACAUGCAGAUCAAACUGUGGCGACGGGCACUGCAUGGCUGGGACCCACCUGGACUUGAGUUCACAGGAACUGGACAGGGAAGUAUUUGCUAGUUUCUCUUAGCUAUUCCGGGAUAAUCUGGGGGAAGAUGCUUUUGGAGAUGAAAUAUGGACAUGUGUGUCCAGUUUUCCCUGCCCAAAUCUUUUGCUCUAGAGAACUUGCUAAUGGAAUUCAUUCUUUGACAUACUCCUGUUGAACCUUGGUUCCAUAUUAGAAAGUAACUACCUUUUCAUUGUGGAGCAUUCACUGCCAGCAGCCCCGUGACCCAUUUAUAAAGCAAUCUUAACACACUCUUCAGGAAUUGCGGGCCUAGUCUAUGUAGGCUCUCUCCCUGGUAUUCCUUAUCACCAUGGAGACAGGGUUAAUUGUCAACACAGCUCUUGUGCUCCUUGCUGAGAGCAAAUGGCUCUUGGGCUUAUCAAAGUCUGGGAGUAUUUUUGUACACUGUUGUGUGAAUGCCUGUGUGGUGGUGGUCACAUGUGCAUUGAUAAGAGGGAGAAAUACUGCUGUGGUAUAGAAGUGAGAAAGAUGUAGCCAACUUUAUAUUUUAGUGGAUUUCAAUCAUUGCCUAUAUUCUGGCAGUUGGUGAUCUCCCCAGAGGUGUAUGUGGCGAAGAAUUUAGUCAUUUGAGUUCAGUUACCAUCAGUGAUGAAGAGAGAAGCCAUACACUUCUCUUUCAGUAUGGUUAUCAUAGCGGGGAGAUUUCAUCCUUGGCGUCCAGGACAACCUGGGACUUCUUGGCCUCUAAAUGUUACUUCUUAUCAACCAUGGUUCGAGAAUUGUAUACAGGUUCCUUAUGCCUGGUCUGGGAUCUAAAGACAUCUAAUGCUAUCUGCUGCCUGGUUCAGUGUGAAUGAAAUUCUGUUUGCUUGCAAGGCAGGAGCUGGUGGGUCCUCUGCCUGCUCUUUCAAAUGACUGGCUUGUUGCCCAAGGGACCCUGGAAAAACUUUGUAAAGAAGUCUUGCAUGGGCAGUUUGCUGGUUUGUCAUCUUCUGACCACUCUUCUGCUUUGCUGCGUCAUGAUGAUAACUUUAUGGAAGAUACAGAAGAUCAUCCAUACUGCUUCUGGGUGUGAACCAUAUCUUCUGGAAACCCAAAGCACCUGAUGCCCUAGAAGAGGCAGCAUCUUUAAAAUGAAAGUGGAGAGUGGGAACCUGAGCUAUCUUCAAGCUUUUUUCCACUGUGGCCAACUCUUGCUUCCCUAGAUUGCUGCAAUAUUUUGUAAUACAUUAAUCUAUUUCCAUUCUUGAGUAAUUUGCUCUAUGCAGUUUUCACACAGAGAGCACUUGUUACUGUCUCUGCUUCACCCACUUACUUUGAAGAAGCCCUGUUUGUAUCAUUGACAUUUCUAUUGUUGAAGCAUGGGUGGAAGAUGUAAAGUCAGUAAAGUACAUUCCAGAAGUGGAAUACUUGGUGACAGUACCUUGCAUUGGAGGGGGGAAAGGGGGAGAUGAUAACCAAAGAUGAAAAGUUUGAGCAUGAAUUACUUUAGAAGGUAAGCACCCAGGAUCAGCUUAUCAGUGAGUUCCUCAUU